GGAGCAGAACGCCAGAGCACCGCUGGAGAGAGGAGCGCAGCGUAACGGAGCGCGCUUCGAUCCGACGAGAAGGGGGACAUCCCCGAUUCCCUCGAAGACCCUACCCAAGAAAAUAUUUCGAUAUUUUUUUUAUUGGUGCGCCAGCUAUACAUGGGAACGAAGUUCGACAUCUUCUCCCUGAUCAUUCUCGCGUUUUAAAGGAGAUGGCGGUACAUGGAAGACAGAGCUCCUUCCAACACCUGAAGCCUGGUCCAAGAUGAUGACUUCAGGGAUAUUUUGAGAUAAAGAGAGUAAACACCAACUGCUGCAUCUGGGAAGACCCCGGUUCUCUUCUCUUUUUCCUCCUGCAAUAUUAUAUUCCAAAAGAGGGGAACAGCAACUAAAAACAAGGCGACCACCAAACUCCGGUCAGCUAUAUGAAGAUCGCGACACGGUGGCUGGUUUUCCCUUGCAGAAAUGCCCGUGCGUGCGGUGACCACCAGGUUCAUGUACAAGGGAAUUUGCACUAUUCCAGAUGUCCUCUCCUACCGGCCCCCUGUCAUUUUGCCCGAGGACGAGGUGGAAGAGAUCCGCGAGGCCUUCAAGGUGUUCGACCGCGAUGGCAACGGGUUCAUCUCCAAGCAGGAGCUGGGUGUGGCCAUGCGCUCGCUGGGCUACAUGCCCAACGAGGUGGAGCUGGAGGUCAUCAUCCAAAGACUGGACAUGGAUGGUGAUGGGCAGGUCGACUUUGAAGAGUUUGUCGCAUUGCUCGGACCCAAACUCUCCGCCACUAUGCCCGAUAAGUUCUACGGAGCAGACUUUGAUUCUGUCUUUUGGAAGUGUGACAUGCAGAAGCUCACGGUGGACGAGCUGAAGAGCCUGCUGUACGACACGUUCUGCGACCACCUGACCAUGAAAGACAUCGAGAACAUCAUCAUGACGGAGGAGAGCCACCUCAACAGUCCCGAGUGCCAAGUGGAUAUCGAUACAAGCCCAACACAACAGGUGAAGCACACCUGCGUGCGGAAAAGCCUGAUUUGUGCCUUCGCCAUUGCGUUCAUCAUCAGCGUCAUGCUCAUUGCGGCCAAUCAGAUGCUGCGAAGAGGUAUGAAGUAAAACAAGUGUCCCAUAGGAUUCGUCACCAGGGGUUGAAUAAUCACACAAAUGUUCCGUUGUAAAAGUGAACCUGAAGAUUAUUUGUCUUUUAGAUUUUAGAUUAUUAUUAUUUCAACUGUCUUUUGACCAAAUUUGACCAAACACUAUGACACCUCCUUGGACAAUAAAGACUUCAGGUUUGUUGGUAUAUGCGAGCCAAUAAUAACGCAAACAUAUGAUACUGAAAAGUAAGCAAUGUGAGUAUGAAAGAAGGUCAAAAGUGCAGAAGUAGAAAGAAGUAAAAGUUUAUUAAAAAAGGAUAAAUAGAGGAAGAGCCUUAGAUCGUUUUAUUUUGUUAAAGGGCUGAAUGUAUCCUAAAAUAUUCGUUUUCUAUAAAAGUAAAAAAAAAUAGAAUGAUAUGAUUCAAAAGAUUAGUUUGAAAAUUGUAAUGUAUAAGCUAUUAGUAGCUAUACUGUUACCAUGCAAUAUGGGUAGAAAUAUUUAGUUGGUUCAUUUCAGCAAGCUGCCAAAUACUAACUCAAGAAUAAUAAUACUACAAAACUACGAAAAAUACAUCCAAAACAAUAAACUGCAAAACACAAAUUGAUCAGGCGGAAACUGAAAUGGGCUACUAACACUUAUUAGCACAUACUGCUUUUAUGGUUUUGUAGCGCCUGGAUGUGUUGCCACCCUAAUGUGCGCUUGAUUUACAACAUGGUUUGCACUAAAAACGAGAGAGGGACUGAACAGGCUUCACUGUGUAACACGAACACUCUCUAGGACAACAGCAAUGUACACCAUCUUAAACUGCAAAUGUAGGAUUUAUAUCGAGUGGAUUAAAUGGCCCGUUUAUCGGAACACGCUGAGGAAGAUAAAGAAAAAACAAUACCAAAAACCAAUCUGGAUAAAUAAGUGGUUGAUAAUAACCUUUUGUUUGUGCCAAAGUGUACAACAAAAUUACAGAUAAAAUACAAAGGGCACGGCACAACAAUAUAAAGCAGAUCUGUUGAGAAUCUGUGUAGCAAUACGUUUAUGCAACACACAGAAAACCAACUCAAAGUGGGAUUUCUGCUGAGCAUUACAUAUCUGUAGAAAGUACCAAUGCUGCAUUCAUAUUUGUAUCCACUGUUAGAAAGACCAUGUUAGCUAUGUUUUGAACUGAAUUUUAAUAAAUCCAAUGUGACAAUAUCAGUAAAAUAUCCGUAUUUUACUACCAAUAAGAAUGAGGGUAUUGACAGGCAGUUUACCCAAAAUAAAUAUAAACACACAGCUCAUUUGCAUGUACACUACAUUCGAAAGUGUUUGGAUUUAAUGUAAGAGCAGAUUCCUGAUGUAUUUCAAUGAUUAUGCAAAUUGUAAAGUGAUGUUUCGAAAAUAUCUAUAUCUAAAUGUCUAAUUUUGUGUGGACAUUGAGACAGUUAAAAACACAACAUUAUUUGUUUUUUUAACACUCAAACAUAUCAUGAACAGGGUGGUGUUGGUUGGGUUAAUACAUGGAAACGAAGCAACAUAUUUUCAGUAUUGUUUAAAAUGCAACAUAGUUAUAUUUUCUUACUUGAAAGAGUGACUCAUUAAACCUGGGGAUUUUAUGACGAAUGUCUACAUACUAUUCUUUAGGAGGGGAAAUCUAUCAGGUUCUCAUGUGUCAUUUGGUGCCCAGUUCAGUUGACCUGGAGUUUGGUGGGAACGCUGAUAGGAUUACUUGCGCGUCUCUAACGCCAUGCACUUACAUUAGCUUUCCCUCUCCUGUCAAAGAUUUAUUUUUCUUUUACAAAUCUUCGUCAUGUCAAAAUGACUUUUAACAAAUAACGAUAUAUUUUUCCUCUUGCCGUUUCUAUCCUGAAGUUUAUUAAAUCUUUACCAUUACAGAGAAGAAUGUGAGCUGGGAGUUAACAAGAAUGCUAGCACGGCAUUAUGGGAAUUCUAUCUUGUAUCUAGUUCCUGUUUGUACGUGAAAACUAUUGAUGUGACGUUGCUCUACACAUGUUAUAAUAAUAGGGUAUUGCAUUUAUGUGUGAUAUAUACUGUAGCUAUUGUAUCAAUAAUGACAGUGAACCAUUACUCUGUAUCUUACUCCGUAUGUUACAGUUUCUGAAGGUUGAUGAAGUAUAAUAAGAGGAUAUGUCGUCUAAAGAUAGACAACAUAUCACGGUAUCUUUGGUUUGCACUGUAGAUGUUUUCCGUUCUGUGUUUCGUAUAUAGUAUUACGGUCAAACACUGUGCAGAACUAAUUUCAUGUCUUAUCGUAGCUACUUAAAUGUUUUAGACAUUUAUACAGAUCCAUUUGGUGAAAUGCACUCUCUUCGUAAAAAAAUUAAUAAACUGCUGCUGAAUGUCAGUCACUUAGACUGUCACUAAUAAUGUUAGUAUUAAUAAAUGUCAAUGCAAUAUCUAGUUACAAAAUGGAAUGGAAAAUCCCUGUGUGAAUCAAUAAAAGUCUUGUCUCUUUGGAUGUUACACCUUACGUUUUUCUAAUGUCCAGGAGAAAAGUGAAUUUGUUCCUAUGUUACUUUGGUUACUGCAUCAUUUAAACAUUCAUGUAGCCGCUGUCUUGAUGCAUGGAGUCCAAUAAAAAAGAAUUGCAUAAAUGUC